GUGACGUCACCGCGCGGUACGUUCACGGUCUUGUUUAUAAACUUCCAGCAGGAGCUAGCUGUUAAAGCUAGCCGCGAGGAUGGAGACGAUCAAUCAACCCGCCAAAAUCUCCCGCCAAAUAUAAACCACAGCUGGGUUUAUUCGUUUUGUUUAUUAUUCGUUUAUUUAUUAUUCGGUUAUUUCUUGGAGUCCACGGUUGUCGUGCGUGUGUCGUUAAAGGCGGUGCGUUCAGGGACCGAUCAUGAUGGCGUCCAGCUACAACGCCAAAGACGAGGACGGACACAUCACGGUGACCGGGCCCGGCGGCGGGACGCUGCGGAGCAAGAAGCCCGAGAACACCGCGUUCAAGCAGCAGAGGCUGCCCGCAUGGCAGCCCAUCCUCACCGCGGGCACCGUGCUGCCGGCCUUCUUCAUCAUCGGACUCAUCUUCAUCCCCAUCGGCAUCGGCCUGUACGUCACGUCCAACAACAUCAAGGAGUUUGAGGUUGACUACACGGGAGUCGACAUGUCCAGUCCGUGCUUCAACUGCUCCCAGAACUUCAGCUGGAACAGCACGACACCUUGUACCUGCACGAUACCCUUCUUCCUGGAGCAGCCGUAUGAAAGCAACGUCUUCAUGUACUACGGCCUCUCCAACUUUUACCAAAACCACCGUCGCUACGUUAAGUCACGAGAUGACAGCCAGCUGAACGGAGACAUGACCUCCCUCAAGGAACCCAGUAAGGAGUGUGAGCCAUACGCGUAUCACGACAACAAGCCAAUCGCACCAUGUGGAGCCAUCGCCAACAGCAUGUUCAACGACACAUUGGAGCUGUUUUACAACGACCCCAACGGCACAAAGGUCCAAAUUCCUCUGACCAACAUCGGCAUCGCCUGGUGGACCGACAAGCAUGUGAAGUUCAAGAACCCUGGAGCUGGAGAGGCCAACCAAAACCUCACCGCUGUCUUCCAAGGUACAACGAAGCCGCUGAACUGGCGCCGACCCGUCUACGAGCUGGACGCCGCUGCGAAUAAUAACGGCUUCAUCAACGAGGACUUCAUCGUGUGGAUGAGGACCGCCGCCCUGCCGACCUUCCGCAAACUCUACCGCAUCAUCAAGUCGCCAAGCAACGGCAUGAUGCCAACCAUGCCCCGGGGAAACUACACCCUGGAGGUGGUCUACAACUAUCCCGUCCGCAGCUUCGAGGGCAGGAAGCGGAUGAUCCUGAGCACCAUCUCCUGGAUGGGAGGCAAGAACCCGUUCCUGGGCAUCGCCUACAUCACCGUGGGCUCAGUCUGCUUCUUCCUGGGCGUCGUCCUGCUCAUCAUCCACCACAAGUGCGGCAACCGCAACAACAGCGCCGACAUUUCUAACUGAAGACGCCCGCUGACCUCCGGCUCACCUCUGCUGCAGCGAUCUUUAUUCAUCCAGAGGCCAAAAAAUGUAACAUCCAGCUUCACUGAGGGUUCAAACCGCCGGACGCUGGCUGAUUAUCGCCAAAAUAAAUGGGAAAGUAGCCAAAAAUUUGCAGCCAUAGUCAGAUUUUUUAAAAUUAGAAAUGUUCUGGGAUAUUUCUGGGGUUAAAAUAAGUGUCUGUAAAGUUUACCUGACUUCUCAGACCUCUGUAGGAUCUGUAGUAAAGGUGAGCUGGAGCGUUGCUGCUUUACGUCCUGAGUUGCAUGCUGGUUAGCCGAGACGUCAAUGUGAUUACCGAGCUGCUCGAGCGGCUCGUCUUUGUGCCUCGUUUCGUCCGUAAAACACGCUUUCACUGAGUUGUUGCACUUCUAAAUAAAUAAAAAAAACGUGGAGAGCAAGUUCCACGUCCGAGGGAACACGAUGACAUGUGUGAUUAAACGUUUAGUUUUUAUGUAUUCAGAGAUUUAACAAGUGUUUGCAUCGGGGAGCCAGUAUUUGCACGUCAGACCUCGGAGGGUUUGAGUCUUGAACGCCGUCUAAUCGCUUCAUUCAUUGUCGUUUACAUGCAGUAACAAUAGACGAUCAGUGCAGCAUGAUAGAGCAGUAACAUGUGAUGUCAGUGUGUUGGUCGUUCAGCAUUUACACUAAGAAACUAACGCACAGGAACCUGCCAAUAAAACAAGCUGCAUGUUGAAAUGUGUCAGAUGUUUAAUUUAUUUUGUGUUCAUGUUUCAGAUGGUUUGUUCUUUCUUUUGAUACUUCGUUGUGUUGUACUGUUGCUUUAAGAGAAUAAAUUUGUCAUUUAAGUCGA